AUGGCUUGCCAAUGCCUUCGUGUCGAUCAACUGGAUGCUCAUGUUCUCGAUUCUGAAAUCAGAACAAUUGCUCAAGAUUCUGUGGAUGAUAUCGUCAAUCAGAUGCCAGUUUGGAUUUCCAGAGUGUUUGAAAAAUUACGGCCUGAAUUGAAAGUGACUCUGGAUGCGGUUUUGUGGACUCAUCGAUUUUCUAGAGGUGCAUCACCGGGACAAGAGCAGAUGGAUAUAGCGUAUUCGGGAUACAGUCCAAAGUUGAUAACCCAACAUUUUGUGAUGGAAGUUUUUCUUCCUUAUAUCACUCGACGAUUGACAGAUUUGAGUGGAAGAAUGGAGUUUGCCAGGAGUUAUGCAAAACUUGAAGCAAUCUUUGAACUCGGAAGCCUUCUACACUUCUUAUACUUUCUCCGAUCUGGUGGCCAUUCAACUCUGACAGAAAGCAUACUUUCUCUUCGUAACUGGAACAACCAUCAACCAACAAUUUCAUCGGUCAACUACGAUAACCAAAAUCGGGAGCUCAUGUGGCAUGCAUUCCGUGACGUCAUUCUUCUUACCUACCCAUUCAUCGAAAGAAUUCGCCAACGAGUCGUCAAAAAACAAAAACUUGUUAGAAAGUUCGGUUCAACGAUCGGAGGAUCUGAUAUCGAAUGUGUUGUUUGUGACAAGCCGGCUGUUAUUCCGAUGAUUGGUCAGAAGUGUGGACACGUGGCAUGUUAUACCUGUGUUGCCACUUCUGGGAACUCUAUGACAUGUUCGUUAUGCUCAGAAGAUAAAGAGGAACAACGAAUGGAUUUUUUGGCCAAGAAGUUAGAAGAAGAUUCGACGAUUUUGAUUGAUCAGUAA